AUGGAUAUAAAUAAUGGUGAAGAAAGACGUGAUGAGCAGGAAAACUCGAGAGAAGGUUGGCAGAGAAGUAAAGGCAACGAUUUACCGGCAGCAAAUCGGGUAAGAGUGGUCGACCAACCAGAAGUCGUAGAUGAAGCGUCUGAUGCUUAUCGAAGAGAUUUUAUUCGAAAAAUGGUAGUCUAUGGUUGGAAUGGUUAUAAGCGGUACGCGUGGGGAAAGAAUGAGGUUAAACCCAUAUCGUUAACGUAUCACAGCCAAGGAAUUUUUGGUGGUCCGUCUUCAACCCUGGGGGCAACGAUUGUUGAUGGGCUUGACACACUUAUUUUAAUGAAGCUCGACGAUGAGUAUAACGAAGGGCGAGAAUUUAUCAAAAACACCUUUAAAAUUAGCGAAACUAGAGGUACCAUAUCUGUAUUUGAGACAGCUAUUCGUUUUCUUGGAGGUUUUUUAUCAGCUUAUGCGUUAACGAACGAUACUUUAUUCAUUGAAAAGGCAGUAGAAGUGGGAGACACUCUUCUGAAGGCUUUCAAAACGCCUACGGGUUUGCCAACGUCAACUUUAAAUCUUGCUACAGGCGUAAUUUCUAACUAUGGUUGGGCACAUGGGGGUUCUUCAAUUCUAGCUGAAAUCGGCUCUCUCCACCUUGAAUUUGUUUAUCUCUCUCAUAUCACGAAGAAUCCCAUAUACGAACAAAAGGUUAAAACUGUCCGUGAUUAUUUGGAUAAUAUGGAAAAAAUUGAUGGCCUUUAUCCAAAUUACAUAUCAUCCUCAACAGGUGAACAGUUUUUUCGACAGUGGACUGGUAAGCAUGUUUCACUUGGUGCGAUGGGAGAUAGUUUCUACGAGUAUUUAAUUAAAUCUUAUAUACAUACUAAUGACCACCAAGCUUGGCGCAUGUACAACGAGACUAUCGAAGCAGUUUUGAAAAAGAUGUUGCAGAAGUCAAAAGGUGGGCUUUUUUAUAUUGCUGAAUGGCAGAACGGUGCAUUAGAUCAUAAAAUGGGGCACCUUGAGUGCUUCUGUGUUGGGAUGUUUGCUUUGCAAUCAGAAAUUGAAACUGAUCCAGAAAGGAAAGAACGAACAUGCCACGAGUCCUAUAUUCGGAGUGAGGUCGGGCUUGGACCUGAGAUGUUUCAUUUUCACGAGGGAAACGAAGCAAAAGCGGAAACGUCAGAGUCGGGAUACGUUUUACGCCCAGAAGUUAUUGAGGGUUGGUUUUACUUGUGGAGGAUAACAAAAAAUUCUAUGUAUAAGGAGUGGAUUUGGGAUGCUGUAAAGGCUAUUGAAAAAUACUGUAAAAAAGAGGGCGGUUAUGCGGGGAUUGUGAACGUGUACAACAUCAAUGAGGGUUGGGAUGACGUGCAGCAAAGUUACUUCUUCGCAGAAACGUUGAAGUACGCUUAUUUAGCAUUUACGGAUACUACCGUAUUGCCGUUGAAUGAAUGGGUUUUCAACACUGAAGGACAUCCCUUCCCAGUACUUGUUAAACCCGGUAGCAUGUAG